AUGCAAGAACUUCCAGUUACCAAACCUGUUUCUUAUCAACCAAGCCCUGUUCCAACAAAAUUUAAAGAACCUGGCUACAUCAUUGCAGAAGUACCAGACAGGAAACAUGAUUCUUAUAAACCAAGCCUGGUUCCACCAAAGUAUAAAGAACCCGACAACAUUAUGCCUGCAGUACCAGACAAGAAACAUGGUAGAGUGACUUUGUUUAACAUGCUUCUUUCUACCUCUGUUUCAACUGAGGAGGAUAAUUAUCUUCCUAAAGUCGUCACCACACCAGAUCUUCCAAUUACCAAAUCUGAAAAACGAAUAGAAAUAGACAUUCAAACCCAAAGACAUCAGACCAGGUACACCAAAAGUAUCUCUGAUGGUCCUCCACCGAGGAUUAAAAUUCAUCUAAGACCAUAUGUCUUAAUGUCUCUAGGCUUUGAUCAAGCAAAGCAAUAUGAUAUCUUUUAUACUCCAGCAGUUACCAACAAAUUGAUUCCACUUCCUGCUUCAACAAAGAUAUCUGUCACUGAUGGACAUCCAGUGGCAACAAUGGCUUCAAAAGAAAUAAAUCCUGUUCCAUCAAAGUCUAAAGAAUUCGACUAUACCAAACCAGAAGAACCAGACAGGAAAUUUGUUUCAACUGAUGAUGAUAAUUAUCUUCCUAAACUCUUGACUACAUCAGAAUUUCCAAUUACCAAACCUGCUGAAGAUGAUAAUUAUCUUCCUAAAGUUUUGACCACAUCAGAAUCCCCAAUCACCAAACCUGCUUCUCAUAAACCAAGGCCGAUUCCAACACAGCUUAAACAACCUGACAACAUCAUACCAGAAGUACCAGACAUGAAACAUGAUUCUUAUAAAGCAAGCCCGGUUCCGCCAAAGUAUAAACAACCUGACUACAUCAUGCCCGCACUACCAGACAAGAAACAUGUUUCAGCAAUGGAUGAUAAAUAUCUUCCUAAAGUCUUGACCACACCAGAUCUUCCAAUUACCAAAUCUGUUUCAACUGAGGGUGAUAAUUAUCUUCCUAAAGACUUUAACAAGCCAGAACUCCCAAUUUCCAAAUCUGUUUCAACUGAGGAUGAUAAUUAUCUUCCUAAAGUAUUGACCACACCAGAACUUCCAAUUACCAAAUCUGUUUCUUAUGAACCAAGCCCUGUUCCAUCAAAAUUUAAAGAACCUGGCUACAUCAUGCCAGAAGUACAAGACAGGAAACAUGUUUCAACUGAGGAUGAUAAUUAUCUUCCUAAAGUCUUGACCACGCCAGAGCUGCUACUUACCAAACCUGUUUCAACAAUAGAUGAUAAAUAUCUUCCUAAGGUCUUGACCACACCAGAUCUUCCAAUUACCAAACCUGUUUCUUAUGAACCCAGCCCUGUUCCAUCAAAAGUUAAACAACCUGGCUACAUCAUUACAGAAGUACCAGACAAGAAACAUGUUUCAACAAUAGAUGAUAAAUAUCUUCCUAAAGUCUUGACCACACCAGAUCUUCCAAUUACCAAACCUGUUUUGGAACCUAUUACGUUUAGCAAUGAACUUCCAAUAGUAGAUACAAAGGCCAAGCAUCAUGUUUCCAUCACUGAAACAACAAUCAGUCCACUGCUACUACCAAAAUCUGCUCCUAAGGAAACACAUCAAGUUCCAACCAGACCAAAAACUUCUUCCAGUCCUGAUACAACCCCAACCAAAUCCAAAAUUAUUCCAUUCUCUCAAGAUUUUAUUACAACUAUGGUGCCUGUUGCCCCUGAAAAGACAAAGGAAACACUUGAUCCAAAAGAAACACGACUUAUUCCUUCAAAACCCAAACCAUCUGACAAACAAGAAAGAAACAAGACUAAACCUGCUUCAUCUAAACUGAACAACAAAGUGACAGUCACCAAAACUCCACGUUUGAGAAAAGUUGUCCACAGAACAACACCAGCCCCUCCUAAAAUUAGAACACCAGGAAGACCGUCCAGGACUAAAAAACCAAGAGAUGAGAAAUUAACAAAUGAAGAUGUUACAAAGCCGCUCCCUCCAAGCUCUAGUACUAAGUCCAGUAUAUCAGUGGAUUCCACAGUUGCAAGAAAAAAACCAGAUCCAGCUACACUACCUGGUACUCCACGACCUCCUUUAGCUCCUGCCAGACCUACACCAAUACGAAGAAGACCUUUACCACCCAACAAUGUGACUGGUAAACCUGGCCGUUCAGGAAAUGUCUUGAUGCCACGAGCAUCUUCAUUUCUCACAACUUCUAUAGCAAAACCCACUUGGCCAAGUUCUCUUGUGAAAACAAAUUCACCUAAAAAGCUACCUACAGCAGCAGCUUCUCCAAAUUACAAUAAUCCAAUGUUCAGUUCUAUCCCUACAACCGAGACUGAUAUUGCAGGCACACCAAGGUAUACAGGUGACCAUGUGAAAUACCUUAAAAAAGAAGAUGAUGUACCUUGUUCUAUCACAGAUAGUAUGCAACACUUUUCAUCUGAUACAGAGGACAAUAGAGACAUAGCUACUAGUCCCCCCAAAAAACCUCCCACAAACCUCACUGUGGUGACUGUUGAGGGAUGUUCAUCUUUUGUGAUACUGGAUUGGAAGCCACCAGAAAAUGAAACUGUAACAGGAUAUAAAGUUGUAUCAACAGAAAAUGGAGGCACAGUUGGAAAAGAUACAUCCAUUAUAACCACAAAUCAAACCCAUUCUACAGUGGAAAAUCUGAAACCUAAUACAAGGUGA